GGGAAAAGGGCAGACGCUAGCAACUUGCUGUGCACGACCCCCUCUGAAGAAUGUCUUUUCUCUGUGCCCAGAGCACUUGCUGAGCAGCUGGCAGAGAGCCAAGAGGUUGUGCAGGUCACCAUGGAUCUUGCCAUCAACCCCUUCCCAUUCAACUACUACACCAACUCCUCUAUUUCCACCCGCCUUGCACUACUGGAGUUCACCACCCCAACGGGAGUGCCUAUUUCAGUUGCCAGACUAUCUAGAGAGAGAGCCAUCAGCCUGCGGUUGCCAGCUGUACAACAGAAGCCACAGGACUUGCCCCAGAAAGAGAUCUUCAUCCCUUCAAAGGAGUCGGUUAACUUUACUGUGAAAGUGGAGUUAGGCGGUAAUGCUACCAGGACACACAUCCACGUCAGUUUCACUGUGCUGAAAGGCUUCAGCCAGGAGAAGAAACCCUCACUCUGUGUCUAUGGACAUCAUGCAUCAUCUCCCAAUGAGUUCCACUACAGUCUGAAGAAGGAAAUUAUCUUUUUUAAUGGUCUGGAAGGAAGCAGACGCAGGGAGGUCACCAUAUUAAUUUCUUCUCUAAACCGCCUCAACGAGACUCAUCAGGAAUAUUACAUCAACAUCACCAGUCACUUCUGCUGCUCUCUCGUUACUGCCCAUGUCUCUGUCUUUGUCAGUCUCUGCCAGUACUUCCAUUUUCCCAGCAUGCAGUGGAGCAUAGAGGGCGUGGCCCCAACAGCUGCCUCUAGCCCCAAGGAAAUUGUAUGCCAGACACAGCAUCUUACCAUCUUCGGGGCUAGCCUCUUUGUGCCUCCUCACAGUGUUGUCUUCUUGCCACCGAAGGGGCAUUCUCAGCAGAGCCCUUUGGCAGUCAUCACUUGCUGUGUUGUCUUUGCUAUCUAUCUGGGACUAGCACUGAUAUCCCACAAACUGGAUGAUAUUGAUAUCACUCGAGCGGGGAUUAUCCCUCGGUGUGGCCAGCCUGGACGGUACAAAUACUGGGUGAUCGUGAAGACUGGUUGGAAAAGAGGCUCAGGUACCACAGCCCAUAUAGGGAUCAGCUUGUAUGGGCUGAACAAAAGCGGCUCUCGCCAUCUGGACAAAGGCUGGGCUUUCCAGAGAAACAGUCAGGACAUUUUCCAGGUGGAGACAGAUGCAAACCUAGGAGAGAUUUGGAAGAUCCGUGUCUGGCAUGAUAACACUGGGCUAGAUCCUUCUUGGUACCUGGAACAUGUCAUUAUAUGGGACAAGCUGACGAACAAUAUGUAUUUCUUCCUGGUGGAGGAUUGGCUGUCUGUAGAAAAUGAAAAGAAUGAAGGAAUGGUGGAAAAGGAGGUGCUGGCAGCAUGUCCCCAGGAGCUGAAGUACUUUUCCCGGAUUUUCCCUGCACAAAUGCGCCUUGGCUUUUCUGACUGGCAUGUGUGGCUUUCUGUCUGGAGCCGCCCUCCCAGCAGCCGUUUUACCCGUGUGCAGAGGCUCACUUGCUGCAUGCUCAUGGUUAAUCUCUUCUUGGCUGCCUGCACCACCUGGUAUGGAGCCAUAGGUGUUGAGGGUCACAGCCACCCCUUGGGGAAGCAGACCUCUGUGACAGCAGAAAGCAUUGCAGUUGGAGUUGUUGUGGCUGUAGUGGUUUACCCGAUACAACUACUAUUCAUCUUCUUCUUCAGGAAAACCUACAGUAAGGUUGUAAUAGAAGACCCUGACUCACCUGCUCAGGACACUCAAACUGUAGAGAUGGAAGUGUCUCUGAACUGUUCCAACUUGGGCAGCUCCUCUUUCUUAUCUAUCCCUGGGAGAAUGGAGUCCAUUGUGGAUGUGGGUUCUGUCAGCAGCGAGUCCCCCACGAGUGAAACUCCAGCUUCCAACAAAGAGAACUUCAUGGGAGUGAGAAAAGACAGGAUUGUCACACAAUGGCCCUCAUGCGACAGCAUCUUUGACAUCCCUGACUUCUGGAACUCUGAUUCUUUGACAAAUCGGAGUCGGAUUCUCAAGAGGAAGAAGGCCCUGGCAAAGCUGGGAAUGGAGUCCCUCUUCAGCUCUGAUGACGACCCCUUGUCGUUUUCCUUAGAAGAUUCUGAGGACAGCAGGAAGUCCAGCUGCAGCCAUCGCUCAGAGAGAGUUUUUCUUGGUUCUGUCAAAACCAAACCUCAGGAGAACAUCUCUGACUGUGUCACAUCUGACAGUGGAAGGUUUUCACCAGAGGCUGAGACAGAUAUUGUCUUUGAUGGGAUGGAAAGUUCCUGCAGUGGCUGGUCUGAUGGGAUCACACAGCAUGGGAUCAGUUGGUACUUUUUACGGAAGUCCAUGUCUUAUGUUUCUGCUAUGACAAGCAUCGGCAGUGCUGCCCUUUCUGAUCUGGAACCUUCUCACUCCCCGGUUUCAUCAGUUACCACCCGGAUAGGGGUACCCCGAAGAACUCAGGAAUGGCUAUUCCCUGCUGGAAUGCUGCCAGCAAUCUACAUGUUAAUCUUCUUGCUGGUAGCUGGCUGUUUCUCCAUCAACAUCUGCUAUGGUUCUUUCUUCCUUGAACACACUACCUUGAUGUGGCUGAUCUCCUCUUCCUGUGCUUUUAUAACUUCUGUCACCUUUCUGGAGCCACUGAAGGUGGUGAUUGGGGCUCUGCAUGCUGCUCUCAUUAGCAAGCCAGUGGAGAGUGAAGGUGAGAUGCUGGUGGAUGAGCCCUUGGUGAAGCAGAUGCCUGAGAGAGUUGGGAAAGUACGAGUGCCCUGUGGUUAUGGGCUGUUGCAAGCCAAGGAAGAGGCCAAGAAGGUCCGUGUACUCAGGGGGUUGAUGCGGAACUGCAUCACUCACUUGCUUUUCCUCCUUGUGGUGCUGACCAUCAAUUACCAGAGUUGCUUCCAUGACAGCAACAUCCACCUUUUGCAUGCUGCUGUCAAACAGGCCAUCGCUGUAACAAAUGACAAAGGACUGAACUUCACUUCUGUGAGCAGCUUUUCUGAUAUGCUGGGAUGGACAGACUCUGUGCUCCUGAACUACCUUUACAACAACCCAAGGCUAACACUAGUAGGAGUGCCUCGACUCCACCAACAAAGCUUCACUGCAAUACUGACUAGGGAUUCAGGUGGGGAUUCUGUCAUGGCAGGUGAAGUGGGAAAGCUCAGGAAAAUGAGGAAAAGGAAAUAG